AUGUCGGAGACCGACAUGGUUUUGGAGAUGGUACAAAACCUCGACGACAGCCCUUUGGACUCAUGGAGCGUUAUGGAAAAACUCCGCAGCAAGCUCGAGGGCCGAGACCUCGAUGCUGCUAGCUGCAUGAAAAUGGCCCGGAGCAUCUUGCCCGUCCUCGGCCUUCUGAGAGACCACGAGAACAUAGAUGCAGCAGACUGGGAGAAAGUCCUGUUCGGUAUGCAGUUCUUCGUUGCCAAUCACAUGGAUACGGUCAACUCGAUCGAAGGUCCCGGAAUCGUGUUUGAUUGUCUCGAUGACCUCUACAAGCUCCCGCCCAGAAUACCUGCUGUCAUCGACUUGGUCAGUGAGCUCCAGAAUUCCAUCGUUGACCACUUCGUACGAACUCCGGAGAUCCGACCACCUUCCCAAUGCAGGCAAAUCGCAAAUUAUUGGUUCGAUGCCCUCGUUUACGCAACAAAGGUUUCAAACUUCGAUGUGAAUUCUGCGCAAGUGACCACCUUGUGCCGCUCUAUAGGGGACACCUUCUUCGGAGGAACGAGACUGAAUUCAGCCUUGAAAAAGCUCGCUGACAUCUCCGGUGUGAUUGACGAGUCUCGCUCCGACUUCCCGUACCUCUUCGAUGUCGAGACUGCGGAACUUGUCAAGCGAUACUCGGCCGAGCAUGGGGCUCUCGUGGGAUAUUCGUUCCUCUGGGCCGUCCUGGAAGCCUUCCUACUGCGGAUGGAGAACGAGCCGGACUACCUGUGUAUUCUUAAGCUAUUUGUGCAUCUCUUGCAAGCCAUAGGUGUGCCAAUCAAAUGCAUGGCUACGGCGUCUCUAUUGGAAUAUCCUCAAGCGGAUCUCUCUGAAGAAGAACGCCUGUUCCACGUGGCGAAACUCCUGGGGCUCUAUGUAGCGUCGAACUUGCACCACCCCUCGGUGCUCGUCAGAGCCGAGAGACGUUUCAACGGCAGACUGAUAUUCGUUGACAUCAUCACGUACAUUUUGAAACACGAAGCAAAGGGAAGCAAGACAUGGUACUCGGCGCUCUUGCACCUGGGAGAGAUAUCGCCGUCCAUCAUCACUCCUAAACUCCGUAUGAUCCUGCAGAACGCCUGGCUAGACUGCGUUCCAGAGGAUUGUGAGCUGCAAGACCGACUGAUCCUCUACCUGAUCGACCUCUAUGAUAAGAUGAAUAGAUCAGCUGAUUUCUACAGCAAGUUCCCGGGAGCUGUGAACGACUAUCUGGAAAAUCCGAAGGACGAGCCGCGUCUCUCAGAGGAAGUUGUGCAAGGAAUGCGCAAGAGCUUCGGAAGGCUGGGACCCGAUGACGUGGUCGCCAUCUGGUCGAACUACGUCAGAUACUUCCAGCAGGUCAUUGUGAAGUGGAAGGACAGUGCCGGAGCGCUUUGCGAUACGCCUCAUAUUUUCACUCUGAGGAUAUUCUCGGAAUUCAUCCAGCAUUGUCCCCUAGUCCCGAUGGUCCAACUGACGCAGGAACAAUACGAUAAGAUGGACGCCGCGGUAAACAGUACGCUAGAGCUAACGAAAGUACUCGAGGAAACCAUGGAUGCCCUGCCGGAGAAAACCAAGAAACUCAGACCGCAUUUCUUCAAAAUCUCACAAAAUUUCAUCAAGACGAGCUUCGCGCGAUGCUGCUAUUUCCAGAAUACUUUCCACCGGGCUUUCGAAGAAGCAUCUAUUCGACAGAAGAGCUUGUAUGAGCGAUUCGAGGCGAAUCAGAAAGCUCUGAGGAAAAACAAACGGCUGAAGUUGGACCUCACCUGCUAUUGCGCCAAGUUCUCCGAUAAUCCAAAAGAAGAAUCGAAUCAAUGUCUCCUGUACGUAUGCGAGAACUUCAACUCAGUCGACUGGCAGGUGUUCCUCGUCAAUAAUCGGCACAUUUUAAAAUCCGCCCCCAAGAAACAGCUCGAAGUUCUCAUCAAUCUGCUCUAUCAGUCUGUUCGUGACCAACAAAACGGUGCGAAUCCGAAUCACUGCGCAUACCUCCGGAGUCAGAGCUUCCGUGACUGUCCUCGGCAGGUUUCGAUGUUCGUCAAAUUCGUGGCGCAAGACCUCCUGGCCGAACUCACGGAAUCCGACCGAAGGUUCGGGGAAAUAUUCGACGCAGACAAUCCUAUGGGCGCCCCGGUCAAGUGGUCGGAGGUCAUGGGCCUCCUGAAGAAGCCGAAAGCGGAGAAUCUUCCAAAAUCAUUUCUCCUGAAAUCUACCGACAUGCUGGGUUUCGUCCCGGUACACUCCUUACCCGCCCGGGAUCGUCUGAUGUUCCUCGCGAUCUUCAUCUCGUUCGCAAUAAUCGAACGAGAGCCGACCGAAGAAUUCUUCUCCGUCUGUUUCCGCUAUCUCGAGGAUUGGACGUCCGCCCUCAGUCCAAAAGAACUCGGAGACGACGAAGACAAGCAUCUGGUCCUUACAUCGACUUGUAGACUAGCGGGCCUAUGCUUGGAACGGGUGCUGAGCAUCGAUAACGAGUUGAACAUGAGACGGCCGUCGGUGAAAAAGUGCGUGGAUUUCAUCAGGUACACUUUUUACGUCACGGCCAAGAUCGCGGAUUCGGUGGUUCCAUUCGACGAGAUCAUCGGUGACGAGCCCCUGAAGAAAGAGGCUCAGCUGUGCGCGAUUCUACUCCUCAUCGAGACGACGACUCGCGUUCAUUCCAAGAACAUAUCGCCGGAGGAUGCUGCCCGGAUCAAAUCGAAAUGUCUCUCUCUAGUCACCAAGUAUCUGAGGAGAAACGCUUCUAAACUGGAGAAUUUGAUUUUUGUGUGCAACAAAUUCGCCGAGGUGACCAGUUUCGAGGAAGCGUCGAAACUCCAGUGCUUCCCCGCCGCUCUCGAAGCUGCGACGGAUUCGGUGCGACUGAUAGUCCCGGACGUUGCCGCCUUCCAGUUGCUCCUCAAGGCUUCGGUAUUCGACGAAACAAUCAACACUUUCCAGCUGCUACGCGCGACCUUGGUUGUGGGGAAGGAGUUCCUGGACGAGCUCACCAAGGUUCUGGACGAACCCCUCGCAGAGAAGCUGUGGCCUAUGCUCGAGGAAACCUGGAGUUUCAUGGGGGCUCUCCACUCCGCCCCCCUCUUCGAUUUGACCUGCGCUGACGAAGUUGAAGCGCCCCCUGAUUUCGCGCCGGAUAAGGAAAUCCUCUGCGAUCGCUUCAUGGAAGUCUCCUUAGCUCUGGUGAAAUACCUCAGCAAGCCGAACCUCAUCAAAUUAGUUGUCCAGAUCUAUCGCCUGAUCGCUGCUCAGAACCUUCGCAAUAAUGUCCGCUUGGACCUUUGCUGCUCACUACUCGACGUCAUUGCGAGGAAGCACGCGAGUCCCGACUUGCUGUACACUAUCUUGCUGGCCAUCGGAAGUGUUCCGUUGGAACGGCUAUACGGACUACCGGGAGAUCAAUGGUGCAAGAUCAUCAGCUUAACGUCGGAGAUCUACGGUCGAGCGUUUGCCUAUAGACCCAAUUACACGAAUGGAACCGCAGCAAUCCUGCUCGGUAAGACCGGGAGACUGAUCGAGACCGUUGUGAAACGAUGUGAUAUUCAACAGACAGACGGAAAUAUGUCGGAAAUGGCUGAGAUAAUUCGCGCAAUCGACAGCGUGACGAGAUUACUCGUCGCUCUGCAUCGUCACCGGAAUCGAGAUCACACCAGAUCUGUGGAGCUUGUUGGACCUUUCUUGGUGGCGGCUUAUCUUCGCAGCACUGUGGCUUCUUCAGUUCAUGAGACUUUCCGAGCGGAUCUCAAAGCCAUGGCUCUCCUGGCAUUAGGACUUUGCACGUCGAAGAGUAUCUUCACUCUCAAACUCGAACGACCAAAAGCGGAACAGGAAGUUUUGAGACGACUCAUCGAAGAUUGCAGAUCCAAGAUGAUCCGAUGA